UAGACGAUUACUCGGCGUCGAUGGGAGAUGAGUGUUCAUUUUUUUCUAAUAUCGAGUUUUGUGUUAAUUUGUCAUGAGGGAAGAUGAUUGUGGUCUGAGGGCUUUCCAUAGGAAUUCGAGUCUGCUGCAGGAAGAAGGCGGUUUUCCUAAAAUGAUGUAGAUGCUGUAAUUAAAAUCAAAAUUUUGUGCUGAAAAUGAACUUGGUGACGUCUCGGUCGCAGUGUAAAUGAUCAAGAUUUAAGCACCUCGACUUACUAUGGAUACUUUGAAAACGGAUUUCACCUCUCUUUAGGAUGCUGAAAGUGGGAAUACGGCUACUGGCAACAACGGUGGAUUUUACAGUUUAAAAUAAACUCUCUUUAUUUUUAGUUUUUUUUUGAAAAUGGAGACCGAUUUUGCAACGAUUCUUGAGCAGUUUAUGUCAGAUCCUUUAGUAACUUGGGUGAAGACUUUCGGGGCGUUAGCUCCAGCAAAUGGAGGAGCACUUUUGGAAUACAUGGAGUUGGUUGACGGCAUCUUUCUGAGUAACAUCAUGAUUCAAAUUAACCCUAAAUCAGAAAAUCAAAGACUACACAAGGAAAUAAACAAUGACAUGUCACUCCGAAUUCAAAAUUUAUCUAGUUUGGUGCAUCAUAUUAAAUUGUAUUAUCAGGAGACUUUACAGCAGUUAAUUAUGAUGUCUCUACCAAAUGUCCUUGUUCUGGGCCGAACCCCUCUCACAGAACAGGGUAUUGAGGAGAUGAAGAAACUGCUUUUGCUUCUGCUAGGCUGUGCUGUUCAGUGCGAACGAAAAGAAGAAUUUAUUGAGAGGAUAAAAAGUCUUGAUUUUGAUACAAAGGCUGCUGUUGCAACUCAUAUUCAAGAGGUGACUCACAAUCAAGAAAAUGUCUUUGAUAUGCAGCAGUGGAUGGAAUUAGCUGAUCUCUCCCGUGAGGACCUUAAUGUCUUUUUCAAAAAAAUGGCAAUUAAUCUGAAAAGGCUUGUGGAUGAAAGAGAUGAGCAAUGUGAGAUCAUGUUACAUCUUGCACAAGAACGUGACUGCAAUCAAUCUCCAGUCCAUGGAACAGUUCAGUCACCUACUGGAUCCCCAGGCAUGCAGCGUACUGAGAGCAGACAGCAUUUGUCUGUUGAACUGGCAGACACAAAAGCAAAGCUCAGACGAAUCAGACAAGAAAUGGAGGAGAAAACCGAGCAAUUGUUGGAUUAUAAACAGGAGGUGGAACAGAUGGAAGUUGAACUAAAAAGACUUCAGCAAGAGAAUCUGCAACUUCAGUCAGAUGCUCGUUCUGCUAGGGCAUAUCGGGAUGAACUUGAUUCAUUGCGUGAAAAAGCAAUUAAAGUUGAAAAGCUUGAAAGUGAAGUUAUACGGUACAAAGAUCGACUGCAUGACAUAGAAUUUUACAAAGCAAGAACUGAGGAGUUAAAAGAAGACAACAAAAUCUUGUUAGAGACAAAAAUAAUGUUGGAAGACCAGCUUGAGGGAGCCCGAGCACGUUGUGACAAAUUGCAUGAAUUCGAGAAAGAGAAUCUGCAGUUAAUGGCUAAAUUACAUGAUAUGGAGAUGGUGCGUGACACAGAUAGAAAGCGUAUUGAGGAGUUAAUGGAAGAAAACCUCACCCUUGAAAUGGCUCAGAAACAGAGCAUGGAUGAAUCAUUACAUUUGGGUUGGGAACUAGAGCAGUUAUCCAAGACCACUGAAGUGUCUGAGGGGGCACACAAAUCUCUGAGCCAGGAAGUGAAUGAGUUGACAUCAAGUCGUUUGCUUAAGAUGGAGAAAGAAAAUCAAUUUCUGCUCAAAACUGUGGAUGAACUUCGCAAUGUCAUGGAUUCCACAGAUGGCAGUAAUUUUAAGAUCCUGGAGCUAGAAAAGGAAAACCAGAGACUUAAAAAAAAGAUGGAGAGACUCCAGGGAGAGAUCAGCAAUGAAAAACAAAGUAUGCAAAAUGUUGAAACACUCAGCAAUGAUCUUAUUAAAGAGAAGACCCAGCUCGAAAAAGCUAUUGAAACCAUUCGAGAAAAUACGGAGGGACAAAUCAAAGUAUUGGAGCAGGAAAAUGAACAUUUGAAUCAGACCAUUGCAUCCCUGAGGCAACGAGCACAAAUCAGUGCAGAAGCUAAAGUGAAAGAUAUCGAGAAAGAAAACAAAAUUCUGCAUGAAUCUAUUAGGGAAACUAGUGGCAAACUGAACAAGUUAGAGUUGGAGAAGAAACAAAUCCGAAAGGAAUUGGAACACUAUAAAGAGAAAGGAGAAAGGGCAAAGGAACUUGAGACUCUUUUGAGCCGCUUGGAAAGAGAAAAUGAACAGUUGCAGAAGAAGGUUACUGCUCUAAUAAUUACAUGUGAAAAAGUCGAAGUCUUGGAACAGGAGAACUCUGAUCUAGAAGUGGAAAACAGAAAGCUGAAAAAGACUUUAGAUAGCUUGAAAAACCUUACACUGCAGUUAGAUAUAUUAGAGAAAGAAAACAACCAACUUGAUGAAGAAAAUUUACAAUUGAGGAGGACAGUGGAGAGUUUGAAGUCUAAUAGUGUCAAAUUGGCACAGUUAGAGCUAGAGAACAAAGAACUGGAAAAUGAAAAAGAACAACUAAACAAGAGCCUGGAUCUCUUGAAGGCUUGUAAUAAGAAAACUGAACGUUUGGAAGUAAGUUAUCAAGGGCUUGAUUUAGAAAAUCAUAGGCUCCAAAAGACAUUAGAAAACAGCACCAAAAAAGUUAAUCAGCUGGAAAAUGAAUUACAGGACUUAGAAACCGAAAACCAGAGCUUACAAAGAAAUCUGGAAGAAUUAAAAAUUUCCAGCAAACGGUUGUUACAAUUAGAGAUGGAACACAAGCUGCUGGAGCAAGAGAAUGUCCAACUGGAGAAAGACAAGAAGCAGCUUGAGAAGGAAAAUAGGAGAUUGCGCCAACAGACUGAGAUCAAGGACUCAACACUGGAUGAAAACAACAUGACGAUUUCUAAUCUUGAAAAAGAAAACAAAUUACUUGUGAAAGAAAUCAACAAGUUCAAAGAUCUUCAUGGACGACUGAAAGAUUUAGAAAAAGACAAUAAAGAGCUAGUUAAACAGGCAACUAUUGAUAAAAAGACUCUAGUGACAUUAAGAGAGGAGCUUGUAAAUGAAAAAUUAAAUACUCAACAAAUGAGUAAUGACUUAGAAAAAUUGACUCAUGAACUGGAAAAAAUUGGACUGAACAAGGAGCGCCUUCUUCAUGAUGAGCAAAGCACAGAUGAUAGCAGGUAUAAACUUCUGGAGUCCAAACUUGAAAGCACAUUAAAAAAGUCUCUUGAAAUAAAAGAAGAGAAAAUUGCCAGUCUUGAAGCACGAUUAGAAGAAUCAACAAAUUUGAACCAGCAACUACGUCAGGAAUUAAAGACGGUGAAGAAAAACUAUGAUGCUCUCAAGCAGAGACAAGAAGAGGAAAAAAAUGUGCAGGGUUUGCAAGGUAGACCUGGUGAAGAAAACCAGACUACAAGAAAAUGGGAGCGAGAGAACCAAGAAGUAACUCGUGAACUAUUGAAGGUUAAAGAUAGACUUAUUGAGGUUGAAAGGAAUAAUGCAACUCUUCAGGCUGAGAAACAAGCCUUGAAAACUCAGUUGAAACAGCUAGAAGCCCAAAAUAACAACUUGCAAGCCCAAAUCCUUGCACUUCAGCGGCAGACAGCAUCUUUACAGGAGCACAAUACCACCUUGCAAACACAGAAUGCCAAGCUGCAGGUGGAACAUUCUACCCUUGGUUCUCAAAGUGCAUCCUUGAUGACUCAGAAUUCUCAGCUUCAGAAUCAGCAGUUGUCAUUGGAGAAUGAAAAUGAAUCACUGAUAAAAGAAAAAGAGGAGUUGAAAUUACAGUAUGAUUCACUUAUCAAAGAUCAUGAAAAACUAGCUAAAUUACAUGAGCAUCAGGCAACUGAAUAUGAGGCCCUCAUCAACAAACAUGGAAGUUUGAAAUUUGCUCAUAAAAAUUUAGAAGUUGAACAUAAAGAACUUGAGGACAGGUAUAAUGAGCUAUUGAAGCAAAAGGCCCAGUUGGAGGAGUUGGAGACAAUUUUGAAAAAACAACAAGAGAAAAUGCACCAGGAGGUAGAGAAACAUGAUACUAUGGUGUACAAGUACCAAAAACUUCAAAAUGAAAAUGAAAGAUUGAACCAAAUAUACAACCACAUGUUAAAGGAAAAUGAAGGAUUGCAGGUGGACCACAAGAAUCUUAAAAGCUUGCUGAAUGCUGCAAAACUAGAGCAUACUCGAUUGGAAGCCGAAUUUGCAAACCUGAAGGAACGUUACCAACAGUUGGAUAUCAAUUCCACUAAAUUAAACAACCAAUGUGAGCUACUGAGCCAAUUAAAAGGGAAUCUUGAGGAAGAAAAUCGACAUUUGCUAGACCAGAUCCAGACAUUAAUGCUGCACAACAAGUCAUUAUUAGAACAGAGCAUGGAGAGCAAGGAUCUGUUCCACGUGGAGCAAAGACAAUAUAUUGAUAAAUUGAAUGAACUUCGACGACAGAAGGAGAAACUUGAAGAGAAGAUUAUGGAUCAGUAUAAAUUUUAUGAACCCUCUCCACCUCGAAGAGAUCCACUCCUUUCUUCCAGACGGGGGAAUUGGAUUGCAAUAAAGAUGAAGAAAUUAAUAAAACACAAAAAGGAGGGAAACCGAGAACGCAUCAAAUCUCUCUCAAGCACUCCAACCAGGUCAGAAUCAAGUGAUGGAUUCCUUCAGUUGCCUCAUCAAGAUAGUCAAGAUAGCUCUUCUGUAGGUUCUAACUCUCUUGAAGAUGGUCAGACAAUGAAAAAGAGCAGCAUGGCUGCACUGAAAAGGCUGCCCUUUAUGAGGAACAGACCAAAGGAUAAAGACAAAAUGAAGGCCCUCUAUCGCCGCUCCAUGUCCAUGAAUGAUCUGCUGCAGUCUAUGAUUUCAGCAGGAGUACAAUGGUCAGGCAGUUCUGAAAAUUUGGAUGAACCUAAUGAGGUGACUGCUGGACAGAGGAGGACAGAACUGGGGUCCAUGGCAUUUUCCACAACAGCUAUCAAUUUAGCUACUGCAACCUCUUCUGGCCUGAAAUCUAAACAAAGACUUAAGCCUAAAGGUGUUGCUUCAAAUGAAGAUUUGCUAGCUCACGGACCUAACUUCGAAAAUUGUAGCACUGGUUCAAGAAGUCGAGCAGGUGCAGUUAAUGGCAGCCACAGUAGAUCCCAAAGCCACAGCAGUGGAGAAUAUGGUCCAGUUUAUGAUGAACAGGUAUUGUUGAGCAGCAGCCUUCAAUAUAACCAACAUGUACAAAACUUGGAAAAAGUCAACUCAUCCCUCCAAAAUGAAGAACCUAGAAGUGAUGAAACCCAAGCUCAUUCUCAGCAAAGAAAUAAAGCUACAUCGCCUGGAAGUGAAGUAGUUACCUUGCAACAAUUUCUAGAGGAAAGCAACAUAAACCAAUGUCCAGAGGUACAUUCUGAAGGCCAGGACAAUCUUUUAGAUGAUGUUUUCACAAAAAUCGCAGAUUUUCCUGAACUGGGUGGAACUGAGAAAUUGAAUCAAAAAGUAACCAAUAAUGGUGCGAGUGUAAAAUCACCUGGAGGAAGAGAGAUUGCAGAUUCUUUUAUUGGCAAAUUGCAAAAGUCUGAACAAUACGUGUGGCCAAUUCUUCGGAAAUCAGACCAUAUCUGUGUUACCAGCACCACCACAGAACCAACCAUUGUAAACCAAGGAAAGACUGUGUCUGUCAGCGAAUUGCCAAGUAUGCCACAACGACCAUCCCAAGCAGACUGCACCAGUUCUCCUAUUCUACCCCGUGCGAGUCAUGUGAUCUCUACAGCAGAGGGGUCGAAUCGAAGAACAAGCAUUCACGAAUUCAUGUCACGAGAUAAUAGAGCACCUGUGUCAAUAGAUCCUUCUCCAGGCAAGGUGGUAACGAGCACUCGGACUUUACCCAAUAUGGGAUCUGUGCAGGAACUCAGAAGUACACAAGGCAAAACUGAGGAGCAACAGAGCUCCUAGAUAAAGAAAAGUGUCCUUCAAACUGUCAAUUUGAAACCUAUAGUUCAGAAGCACCAAGACUGUCUCCAUAAAGAAAUAUUACUAAAGCAUUAAAUGAUGAAAUCUAUUCAGUGACCUCCUUUCAUUAAGCAUAAUGAGACAUGUACUGUUCCUUGAAUCAAGGAGCACAUUUGGACUCAAGUGUUGUUAUGUAAUACUUGCAGAGUAACAAUUUUUGUGUAGUUCCACAGAUUUCACCAGAGGUCAUUAAAAUCUUACAAGAAAA